AUGUAUAAUAAAUCACUUUGCACUGAACUGUCGAAAUUGCAGACAAUGAUUAUAGCUUCUUCAUUUGUUCAAAUAGAAUGUCUGACUAUUUGCUUUGUAGCUAAACAUCAAAUCUUCGCAAAAUUACUCAAUCGGCACAUAGUAUCAAGAAUCAGUUACUACUUUGGAGCAGCUGGUUUUACAUGUGUCCCAAUAAUAGUUGUUAUCGCUAUCAGCCAAGCUAAUGUUUACCAGGAGUAUCAGCAUAUUGAAACCUGCUACCCAGAGUACCUUGCUAGAUUUAAAAAUCUUAGUGACUUCGCAAUCUACACGUUCAACGAAUGGUGCUAUUUUCUCGCAGUUUUGGCUUGCAUGGAAGCACUAUUCUGCGUUACUGUAGCUGUCAUUACAACAUGGGAUAUGUUCAAGAUGUUAAAAGCCCUACAGCUAAGAGUCUCUAAAAUACAGCUCCAGCGUUACAAAUCUGCAAUUAUCAGUCUUGUAUCCCAGAUGGCAGCUUCAUUAUUGCUAUUGGUUGCCUUCGUCUGCUUACUAGCCACCGUACUGACAAAUUUUAGCGCUAAUCAAGCAAUCGCGGAGCUUGCCCUAUUAAUUGGUGCUCAACACUCGAUAGUCAAUGUAAUAGUGCUCAUCACCACUACUCCGCCAUACCGAGAUCAUGUAUCUGGGUACUUCAUGAAACUAUUAAAGCCCAAGUUAGUUGGUCCUGCGGCAGUGGGAAUGCUGAGUGAAGCAUCUCGAAAUCCGAUUUUGAUCAAGUUAUAG